AUGUCCUCGCUUAUACGGCCACCAUUGUUUCUCCCGGAGACCAUAAAGCGUUUAGCCGGAAUUAAAAAACUUAAACUGGGUAAAGUAAUUCACGCACAUUUGAUCGUAUCUAAACAACCCCAUCAUGAAAAUCUUCUCGAAACUAAUGCUCUCAUCGAUCUUUACUCUAAAUGUUCAAAUCUUGACUAUGCCCGCAAACUGUUUGAUAAAAUGCCUCAAAGAACUGUAGUUUCUUGGAGUGUUUUAAUGUCUGGUUUUUUCCAGAAUGGGUUUGAUUUUAAUGUUCUUAAGUUGUUUAAAUCAAUGAUUUCGGAAAGUGGUGAUGAGGGUAUGUGUCAGCCUAAUGAGUAUAUAUUUGCAAGCGUUUUUUCGUCGUGUUCUAAUGUUGGGGAUAGUUGGUUAGGGAAGCAGUGUCAUGGGUAUGUUUUGAAAACCGGUUUAGUGUAUCAUCAGUAUGUGACAAAUGCGGUUGUACGGUUGUAUUCUGUGUUGUCGGAUGUUGGAGGGGCUUUGGAGGUUUUGGGGUCGGUUUCUGGUUCGGAUACUUGUACUUAUAACUUGAUUUUAAAUGGACUUAUUGAAAUCGGUAACUUGAACGAAGCGUUGGAUAUUUUAAGGGGAAUGGUAGAUGAGGGUGUGACUUGGAAUAAGGCUACUUAUAUUAAUAGUAUGGGGCUUUGUGCUCGGUUUAAAGAUUUGAGGUUGGGACGCGAAGUUCAUAAUCAGAUUGUGAAGAGUGAUGUUGAGUUUGAUGUGUUUGUAUGCAGUGCGAUUGUGGAUAUGUAUGGGAAAUGUAAAGAUGUAUUGAGUGCUGGGAAAGUUUUUCAUAUGUCUCUUGAUCGGAAUGUGGUGUCAUGGACGGCAAUGUUGGCUGCUUACUCCAAAGAUGGGUGCUUUGAAGAGGCGCUAAAGUUAUUUAUAGAUAUGCAACGUGAGGGUUUUGCCCCAAAUGAGUCUACGUUUUGUGUACUGUUAAAUGCUAGUGGUGGUUUAUCGACUAUAGGAUAUGGAUAUUCAUUGCAUGCACUUACAGAGAAAACAGGAUUUAAGGGUCAUAAGAAUGUUGGGAAUGCUAUGAUCGAUAUGUACUCAAGGAGUGGUGACAUUGAAGCUGCAAGGAAAGUAUUUGAUAGUAUGACUAAUCGUGAUGUUGUUACGUGGAAUACAAUGAUAAAUGGAUAUUCGCAUCAUGGUCUUGGUAAAAAGUCAUUGGAUUUGUUUCAAGAAAUGUUGAAAACAGAUGAAGAUCCUAAUAAUGUGACCUUUGUUGGUGUUCUCACGGCUUGUGGACAUUUGGGUGAUGUCGAAUCAGGGUUUUACUUUUUGAAUGAGUUAAUGAAAGAAAAGGGUAUCGAACCUAGUUUAGAGCAUUAUACUUCUAUUGUUGGACUUCUAAGCAAGGCUGGACAACUGAAUGAAGCUAAAAAAUUUAUGCUAUCAACACCAGUCAAAUGGGAUGCCGUAGCAUGGCGUACCUUGCUAAAUGCUUGUAAUGUUCAUAGAAAUUAUACUCUUGGCAUUGAAAUUGGGAAUACUAUUAUGGAUCUUGACCCUAAAGAUGCGGGAACAUAUACCCUUCUGUCAAAUAUGCAUGCCAAGGCUAAUAAGUGGAACGGAGUUAAUAAAAUCAGUAACUUGAUGAGAACCAGGAAGAUAAAGAAAGAGCCAGGCUUGAGUUGGUUGGAGAUCAAGAACCAAACACAUGUAUUUGUUUCAGAUGACAACAAACAUCCUGACUUUGUUGAAAUUCAAGAAAAGUUGAAGGAAUUGUUUGGUAAGAUUAAAGAACAUGGUUACGUGGUUGAUACUUCUAACGUGCAACAUGAUAUUGAAGAAGAACAAAAAGAAGGUUAUGUUGGUUAUCAUAGUGAAAAACUUGCAGUAGCAUAUGCACUAUUGAGAACACAUGAAGGGGCACCAAUUCGUACUAAGAACUUAAGGAUUUGCGAUGAUUGUCACUCUGCUAUGAAGUUAAUCUCAAAAGUUACAAAUAGAGUGAUAACUGUAAGAGAUGCUAAGCGUUUCCAUCGUUUUCAAGACUGCAGUUGCUCAUGUGUAGAUUAUUGGUGACUAAAUUGUUUGCAUCACUGUGUUUAGAGAAAAUAGAUCCUAUUUGGGUUUGCUGAAUGAUUCAGACGGACUUCAUCAAUUACAGAGAGGUUGAUCUGAGGACCUAGUUGCUUACAGCUCCGUGAACUCAGUGUAAAGGUAACAAAGUUGGUAUUAAAGUAGAUAUUUCAAUUCGAGGACUUGAGGUGUCAAUUUGAUCUCAUUAUCUGUAAAUAGGGUUAUAUGGGUUGUUUUAUAUCAUAAACGGGUGAAAUCAAAAUGUGUCAAAUACUCAAAUGGAUUGAUUGUCGCCCGAAGGUUGUUGUUAGUGCAUCGUCCUAAAUCCUUUAUUUGAGGUUUAGAUUAUUGCUGUAUUGUAAUUAAUUAGUUAUAUUAACACAUUCAUUGUUUGGAAGGGAAAGGUUAUAAAUGA